UGAUGCAGUAAACAUUCCACACUGGAAGCUCUAACAUCAGGUCAGGAAAGCCUCCUCCAUGGAUGGUACCACCAUCUUCACUACCUCUGCCUCAGGAAUCGCCACCAGUUUUAUCUCCACCACCUCCAUCACUAUUCAAGUUGAAGAAACAGAGGUUCCACAAAGCGGGGAAAAAUAAGGGCAAAGAGAGAACAAUUCCACAAGCAAAUAGAAAUAAAAAUGGAUCAGGAUAUGGAAAUGAAUAGUGCGUUAAGAGUGUUUUGGAAAACAAGAAAAUGGAAUGAAAAAACAUUGAAAUUUGAAUCGGAUGAGAAUGUCCCACGCAGAAAAAAGCAAUUUAAGAAGGCCAAACUUUUGAAAUCUAGAAAACAGAGUGAAGAGCUUCAGGAAGCUAAACGAGAGAUCACAUUCCCCUGUUCCUUAUGCAAGCAGGAAAUUGUCACGACUGGCAUUUUCUUCCACAAGAAGCAACAUGCAGUUCUGGCUACAUUGGAUUUCCCAUGGAUGGGUGGUAGGAAACCCCCAUUUUCAGUCCUGGAUGCUCAGAGACAAUUUAUAAUUUCCCAACUAUUGUCAUCUUUUGAGUUCAAUGAAAAAAUCCUGCAAAACAUUAAUAAUGCUUUUGAACUACUUGAGAAAAAACAAAUCCCAUUAUACUAUAAGAUUAUUGAUUACAUUGAUGGGAGUUCCGUGUCUUCUCAACAUAUACCUCACCUAUUAAUUAAAGGUGUAGCCAUCUGCAGAGACAGAAAUGCUGCAUGGAAAGUAGACAUGAAUGAUAAAUUCACUGUCAUGAAUAAUUUUGGCAAUAAACCCAAUGUGUGUUUUUUUGGUUUGUUUGACGGACACCACGGUGCCGCAGCAGCAGACUUGGCAUCAGCAGAGCUACCGAUUUUACUUCUCCAUCAACUUUCCAAAUUUGAUCCUUCCUACCAAAUGACGACUGAACAGCAAGAAAUCAUCAAUUCCUUCCACACUGUGUUUAGAGAAGAAUACACGGCAAUAGAAGAUCUCUUCUCCUCCAUAUACAAAAAGCCAAGAGCAUUGAAGUAUGAGUACGAGGACACACACAAAGCAUUUGCAAAAGCGUUUUGGAGAAUGGAUAGGCUUUUACGUCUUGGAAGGAAUGAAGUUUCCAGGGUCCGAUGGAGUGGCUGUUCUGCAGUUACUUGUAUAUUGGAAGGCAGCAUUAAAAAUCCUCAUGUUAAUAAGAAUUGGAAAGGAACCAAUAACUGGGAUGGAUUAUCUAAGAACAACCCUUCCCAGAUGAUGCCACAAAUAAUUUCAGGAGUAUUACACAUUGCAAAUGCUGGUAAUGUACAAGCAGUCUUAUGCAGAAAUGGGAAAAGUUUUUGCCUAACCAAAGAACAUACUACUCGAAACAUCAAAGAAAGAAGAAGAGUACUUCAGACUGGAGCAGUAAUCAGUUCAAACGAACCGUAUGGGCUCCUAGAAGGGCAAAUAAAAACCACAAGAGGACUUGGAUUUCAUGGAAAUCUCAAACUGAAAAAAUCCAUUAUCCCAGCACCUCAAACUAUUUCUAUUCCUAUGGAUGACUUAUGUCAAUUCCUUAUCUUAGCUACUAAUGGACUCUGGGAAGUUUUGGAUAAAAAGGAAGUCACUGCAAUGGUAAUAACAAUGUUUCAUAUGUAUAAAGAAACAUACACCUCAAUCACACAGUUAGAAGCUCUACCAUCUACAGGGCCUCCGCUUCUUCCAAACAGUGACAAAAGUAAUAAUGAAUUCGAAAGUGAUAUCCACAUAUUGUUUCAGUGUGAAUCUGAAUCUGAAGAAUAUGUGUCAACCACAAAUUCAAAAAACUCGUCUGACUAUAGUUUUGAUGACCCGAAAAAUGAAGAAUUAUCUUCACCAACAACUAGUCAUGAGAAUGAAAUUGAAAGUGCAGAUGAUGAGCAAACAAGUAUAAAAAAAUUAGGCACUAAAAAUUUCUAUGAAGGUGCAGCUGAGUAUAUUAGCCAUAAACUUGUAAAUGCUGCUUUAGAGGCUGGAUCCAGAGACAACAUUACAGUUAUGGUAAUAUUUCUCAGUGGAAGUGAAUAUCACUUGCUGCCAUAAAAUAUAAAGUUCUAAUUAUCCAGAGAACCAAAAUAUAAUGCCACAAAGCAAUUCGUUUAUGAAGCAGACGUUAGGAUGAUACAUCAAUACCAUGUAAAUAAUUUUAAGAAAGUAGUAAAUAUAAAAGUAGAUUUUAGGUUACAUAAUAUAAUUUACAUAUGUUCACCAUUUUAUGCCAAAAAAGAGAAAAACCAGUACUUGCUUUUUAUACCACUUUAUUCCAACCUGAGCACCUCAAUAUAAAACUAAACACUGGUGAACUGUUUUCCUUACUAAUUCUGAAUUACUGUAAAAUGUACAAGUUCUGCUAGCAGUUCAACACUUAAAUAGAUUAAAUCAUCUCUGACACAUGGUAGAUUUCAUAUAAUGAAAAGACCUAAAAUAAUUAGUGCAAUAUACUGAACUGAUCAAAAUAAAAUGGACUUUCAAAAACAAGGCUGCAAGAUUGUUACUAACAAUGCAAUAUUUAUGUUACAAAUUACAGGUACAUUGUUUAUUAUGGUUCUAGUUAUGAGGAACAACUGAAGCCCCUUCCUUUCAAAGGAGGAAGAAAUAAUUAGCAGUUUUAGUAACUGUACAUUUUGUAUACUUUAAGCAAUUCUUAAAUAUUACAGAAAAAUAAUAAACAUAUGGAGACAAUGCAGUACCCUAUUUACAGUACAGAUGGAAAUCAAAUUUAAAGUAAUCAAGUUUGAAUGUACAUAAUUGUUAGUGCACUGACUAUAUUUAUGUUCAAAGGGAACAAAAGCCCCUUCCCUAUCCCCAAACAAGACCUAUAUAAUGGCCAGCAGUGAUUAAAUAUAAAUCACAGACACCUGGUUUGUUUCAUUUUUGUUGAAGAGCUCACAUGAAGAGAACACUAUUUAUUAAAUUGCAUUCAUCUGUUUUUAUACUCUUAAAACAAGAUGGGGCUACAUUUGCUUUUUUACCCCAUUUAAAAAAAUAAUGGGACUGGCUAUAAUUUUGAUGCCACUAAUUUCCUUUUUCUUCCUGGAGAUGUGGGACGGUAUUCUUAUGGUUAAUUUAUUAUUAAAAUGUGGAAUGUACACUUUAGAUAAAAGAAAUUAUCAUUUGCCUGAAUACUGCGGCUAAGCAUAAACAUCUGGAGAAUCCUAAAAAUGUUUUUCAAAAGUCCAAAUUAAUAAUUUCUAAAUCUUUUCCAUAGAUGACUACUGCUCCAGUUUGGAGAAACUGGAUGGUUAGCUGUGGAUCCAGUCAUUUAUCUUUAUCUCUAAUGAUGACAAAUGAUUCCCUCGUAACCUUCCAAUGAAACAAGAAUACACAUAGUUCCCAUCUUCCCUUUCUAUUGCUGUAACAUUAGUUAGAGGGAUACAUGCAUGUUAUUAAAAAUUAAGUUCAAAACACAUAAAAUAAUUCUGUAUUAGAAACUC